GUGCUGCUUGGGUGCCCUUGACGUGCAUUCAUAUGCAUUCGCUACAGUAAUUCUCCUACAGACAGCAGUACACAUGAACAUGCAUACCUAUCCAUCAUCAUCAUCGACCACGCACUUCCGUCAGCAAAUACCACCACCAAAUCUCUCGUUAUCUCCCCCCGGCGCAAUGGCAACGAGCCGUAACCAUCGAGGUCGCGGCCGUUAUCUGCCUGCCUGCUACGCUCCUAUCUCUGCUCGUAUCGUACCCAUGUCACCUAAGAUCCUACACCGACGAAGCACCGUCGAAAAGGGGAGGCGCACGCGACAAAGAACAAAAGACGGCUCUCUGCAGCUCACGAGUCUAGAAUUUCAUGUUCAAGCAGCCCUGCAUGACGCACGAGGCUUCCGCUUAGCAUCCAUCAUCAUCAAUUCGAGCAGCUGCCUUUAAACCCCCAUCUCGUCCGUACCCGCUGCGUGAUAGCUACCCAGGUACACAUCUCGUCAUCUCAAUUCCACCGUCUGCUCCGCUUGCCUUUCUCCACCAAAACUGCGCGACUUCGGGCAAACACAGCGGGGUAGGGGUCAUUGCACUUCCCACUAAACAAUUAGCUGACCCACGAUAAGACGACUCCCUGCUUUCUGGUACCAGCAAACGUAACACAUAUAUAUAGCUCCAGCUCGCGGGGAAACUCCAUCGCAUCUUCGGUCCCGAUCCGACUUUGCCCUUGUCCCUUUUAAAUCAACGCGAGGGAGGGCCUCACACCGAAACCACAGCCAUCGCAAUCCAUUCUUUACAUCUCUGCGCAACCAUGUCGCGCAGCUUGAGCAUAACCCAACGCCAGGCAUCCGUGACGGAUGUCCGCGCAGAUGCUGCCCUCGCAAAGAUGGGCUACGCAAGUGAAUUACCCAGAAAUCUAUCCAUGUUGAGUGUUUUGGGAUUAUCAUUUGCUAUCAUGGCCGUACCCUUUGGUCUCUCCACUACCAUGUACAUUACGCUUACCGACGGACAAGCCGUUACCAUCCUUUGGGGCUGGGUUCUCGUGUCUCUGAUCUCUCUCUCCAUCGCUGCCUCCCUCGCCGAAAUCUGCGCCGUCUAUCCUACAGCGGGAGGCGUCUACUACUGGUCCGCGAUGCUUUCGACCCGCAAGUACGCGCCUGUAGCCUCGUGGGUUACUGGAUGGUUGACACUUGUGGGGAACUGGACAGUGACUCUAUCAAUCAACUUCUCCGGAGGGCAGCUGAUCUUGAGUGCCAUCACUUUAUGGAAAGAGGAUUUCGUUGCCAAUGCGUACCAGACAAUCCUCAUGUUUUGGGCCGUCAUGAUAGUGUGCAUGCUUGUUAAUAUCUUUGGGGCAAAGUACCUCGACCUCAUCAACAAGAUCUGCAUCUACUGGACCGCCAGCAGCGUAGUCAUCAUCCUCGUCACUCUCCUGAGCAUGGCGGAUACGAAGCGAAACGCCAAAUUCGUCUUCACUCACUAUGAUGCCUCUCAGUCGGGCUGGCCUUCUGGCUGGGCCUUCUUCGUUGGUCUUCUUCAAGCCGCAUACACUCUGACAGGAUACGGAAUGGUCGCCAGUAUGUGCGAGGAAGUCCAGAACCCCGAACGCGAAGUUCCCAAAGCAAUCGUCCUCUCUGUUGCCGCCGCAGGUGUGACCGGCAUCAUUUACCUGAUUCCCAUUCUCUUCGUCCUCCCAGACGUGCAAAUGCUGCUCGACGUCGCAAACGGCCAGCCCAUCGGGCUCCUCUUCAAAACCGUCACGGGCUCCGCGGCUGGCGGUUUCGGCCUCCUUUUCUUGAUCCUGGGUAUCUUGUUCUUCGCUGGAGUAGGUGCGUUGACGGCGGCGUCGCGCUGCACGUAUGCGUUUGCGCGCGAUGGAGCGAUCCCGGGGAGUCGGUACUGGGCGAGGGUGGACAAACGCUUCGACAUGCCGCUGUACGCACUGUUCUUGUCGACCGCGGUGGAUUGCUUGCUGGGACUCAUCUACUUUGGCAGCACGGCGGCUUUCAACUCGUUCACGGGUGUUGCUACCAUCUGCCUGUCCACCUCCUACGGCAUGCCGAUUCUCAUCUCUGUUCUACGUGGGCGGCGCGCUGUUAAACACUCUUCGUUUAGCUUGGGACGGUUCGGCUAUGCGAUUAAUUGUGCCAUGAUUGUGUGGAUUUGUCUCGCUGUUGUGUUGUUCUGUAUGCCCGUCAGUUUGCCGGUUGAGGCGGAGAGCAUGAAUUACGCAUCAGUAGUCUUUGCCGGAUUCGCGACCAUCAGUGUGGUGUGGUACUUUGUGCGAGGGCGAAAGAACUUCACCGGUCCGCCUGUGCCGCAGGAUGUCGAGCCUGGGCAGGAGGUGGGUGUGGAAGGCGUUGGGGUUACGGAUGUUGAGGGUGCUGAAGAUAAUAGCUUACAUGCGAAGAAGGUGGAAGGAGAGAAGUUGUGA